AUGAAUGGAGGGCCUUUGCAGACCACGAAUACCUCUGUCUCGGACGGCGUGGGCAGACACAAGCGGAAUCGGUCAAGCUUAGAUGGCGCCAAACAUAAAGACGGACAGUGGUCAGAGAAAAAUGAGCGGAUUCUGAUGGGGCCAUACGAAUAUAUGCAGCAGCAUCCAGGAAAAGAUAUUAGGCGGCAACUCAUCCAUGCCUUCAACGCAUGGCUGAAGGUCCCUCCAGAAACUCUGACCAUCAUCAACAGGGUGGUGGCGAUGCUUCAUACAGCUUCUUUGCUGAUCGACGACGUUGAAGACAACUCCAUCCUCCGACGCGGAAUCCCCGUAGCGCAUAACAUCUUUGGCACUGCGCAAACCAUCAACUCCGCCAACUACGUCUACUUCCUUGCCCUCCAAGAAGCCCAGAAGCUUAACAGUCCCACUUCUAUUGACAUCUACACCCAAGAACUCCUAAACCUGCACCGCGGCCAAGGAAUGGACCUUUUCUGGCGCGAAACCCUCACCUGCCCCAGCGAAAAUGAAUACCUAGAAAUGGUUGGGAACAAAACUGGCGGUCUCUUCAGACUCGCAGUGAAACUGAUGCAAGCUCAGAGCAGCACGGGGAAGGAUUGUGUGAGCUUGGUGAAUGUGAUGGGGUUGAUAUUUCAGAUUUGUGAUGACUAUCUGAAUCUGUCAAAUACAACAUAUACCAAGAACAAGGGCCUUUGUGAGGAUUUGACAGAGGGGAAGUUUUCAUUUCCUAUUAUCCAUAGUAUACAGUCAGACCCGGGGAACCACCAGCUCAUCAGUAUCCUGAAGCAGAAGACUAAGGAUGAGGAGGUGAAGUUGUACGCGACAAGUUAUAUGGAGAGUACAGGGAGUUUUGCAUAUACGCGACAGGUGGUUCAGGAUCUGCGUGGUCGGGCGUUAACCUUGAUCGAUGAGAUCGACUCCAGUGGUGAUACACAGGGCGAUGGGGCAAUGGUGCGAGCUAUUCUGGAUAAGAUCACGGAGACCACGUUAAAUGAGGCUCGAUGA